AGAAUUAUUUGUGGAUUCGAAGCUUAUGCAAGUGUUUACAAGAUCUUUCCCAAGGGUGCUACAAAUACCCAUCACUACAUAAUGACAGAUUUUGAUUGAGCUCUGCUAUAAAAUAGAAGCUGUCGACAAUAAUCAAGUAAUUGAAUUAUAAAAAAUAAGUCAACUCUGGAAUGAGAAUCCUGUAUUAUCUUACUAGCUUGCUUGCUGCAGUAGACUUCUUUGCUUCAUUAACUAUCGAUAACAAAAACAAUUAUUACCACAAUUAAGGAUGGCAACCCAUAAGAGAAAUAUCUGCUGAGGGAUCAAAAAGACUUCUAUGGAAACUGAAUUUAUUAAAUUGAAUACGCGUAGAGACUUCAAGGAUGUCAUUUCUGAGCCGUGUCAAGUGGCUCCGCCGGCGACUUGAUUGGUCCACGCGAUUGUCAAGUCAUUCAUUUGCGUGAUGGGCUGCAACGCAAGAGGACCUCCAGGACCAAGGGAGAGAGGACCCAGGGCGUUCUUGGAGGCCAUGAUACAAAAAUCAAUUAAGGACAAAGUGUGAUCACUAAAUGUUAUCAAUCUAUGAAAUAGUUUCAAACCUGCACAUAAUUUUACCUACUUCAGCAAUUAAAUUCUACACUACUGAAUCAACUGCCCCAUUCGACCCAACCGACUCUAGUCAAUCAAACAGUAAGCUCCGAUCAAGUACCUAUCAGGCUAUUCAAUUAUCCACUUCUGAAUCAACAGCCCUCAUCACCUUUAAUUCAUCAAACAGCAAUAAGUUAUCAAGUAUCUAUCAGGCAAUUCAAUUACCCACUUCUGAAUCAACAACCCUCAUCGCUUAUAAUCUAUCAAACAGUAAGAAGCUAUCAAGUAUCUAUCAGGCAGUCUGUAUUCUUUAUCAAACAUUUUAAAAGACGUGUUCUAAUCUUUUGUUUUUUUUAUUUCAGAUUCAAUUAUCCACUUCUGAAUCAA